AUGGCUCGGAGAGUACUUGUUGAAGCUUCCUUUCUUUUCUUCUUCUUCUUCUUCUUGUUAGCUGAUCUCGGCAGUUGCAAAGAGGUUCUGGUCGGAGGCAAACCCACCGCCUGGAAAGUCCCUUCUUCACCUGCUGAUUCCCUCAACAAAUGGGCUGAGAGCUUGCGAUUUCACGUUGGUGAUUCUCUCGUGUGGAAGUACGAUGGAGAAAAGGAUUCGGUUCUGCAAGUGACAAAAGAAGCGUACAUUAACUGCAACACCACAAACCCAGCAGCCAAUUACACCAAUGGAGACACCAAGGUGAAGCUAGAGAGAUCUGGUCCUUAUUUCUUCAUCAGCGGCUCCAAAAGCAACUGUGUCGAAGGCGAGAAGCUUCACAUUGUCGUCAUGUCCUCUCGUGGUGGUCACACCGGUGGUUUCUUCACCGGCUCUGCUCCUUCACCGGCACCUUCUCCAGCUCUUUUGGGAGCUCAAGCUGUUCCUCCUGUCACUGGCUCUGCUUCUUCUUUGACCAGACGAGUUGGGGUUUUAGGAUUUGUUGGACUGAGCAUUGUUUUGCUCUGA